CGAUUAGUUGAAAUAGCAUAUAGAAAGCUGGGGCGCUUUUCGUACUUGGUGUAGUCAAAUAAAUAAAGACUUAUGAAGGGAUAUGCUUCGGAACAGUAGUAUAGGGAUUGUGAGUUGAGCUGUCCGGUGGUGCGCGAGUGAAGGGUUGCAGAUUCCUGAAAUGUCUUCAAGAAGUCACCUUAAUAAGUCUCUUGUUUGCAACAUUUAACAUGCAUACACACGCAGAGAAAGGAUAUGUUUGUACAAUGUGGGGAUCUACGAGAUGGUCACUGUAGUAAAUGCUGUUUUGUGUGAGACAAAUAACGAUUUGGUAUACCAGAGGCGCCGACACAAUUGAUUUUUUUUCUCGUUUCAGCGUUAAUGGUAUGAAGCGAGUACUUUCAAAAUUGAGUUGAAUGUUAAGAACAAGGCGUUGAUGAUCAUGUCGCACCUUCUAAGUAGUCGAACUACUAACCCGCUGUAACGUGUGCCCUGUACUACAAAUCCAAGCUUGCUGUUGUUAUUGUUCAUUUCGGUCCUAAUACACCUAGUACAUACUAUUAUGGCAAUAAAAAAAAUUAAUGACGUCUACGCACACUUCUAAUGUACUGGGGUGCUAAAACAAUUGGUUCGUCAAGCUCAGUAGCAAAUGCACUCACGGCGGCAGGAUUGCGCAAAUGAGCGCGUCCAACGAAUACGACGUCAGCUCUUUCCUCCUUCAAAACGCUUUCAAUAGAUUUUCCAUCGCAGAACAAACCGACGGUGCCAACAGCCAAUCCAGGAACCGCUUUCUUGACGGCCUCGGCGAAAGGAACUUGAAAGAAGGGUUUCACGGGAAUUUGUUGGGCAGAGUCGGCGCCACCAGUACUGACAUUUAAGAAAUCGACACCGGCAUCUUUCAAUAAUUUAGCCAUUUUGACCAAGUCAGUCACCUCCCAACCCUUGCCGGGUUCAAGCCAGUCGGUACCGUUGAUACGGUAAAACAAUGGCAUGUCCUCAGGAAUAAUCUUGCGGAUAGAGUUCGUAACCUCAAGAGGGUACUUGACACGGUUUUCAAAACUGCCACCGUACUCAUCGGUACGAGUGUUUGAAGCAGGAGAGCUCAUAGAAGAUAGGAAAUAACCAUGAGCUCCAUGAAUCUCGACAAAGUCAAAACCAGCGGUUACCGCGCGCUUUGUUGCACUGACAAAGUCGUCAUGGAUGCGCUUGAGGUCGGCCUUUGAGGCUGCCUUAGGUUUUGCAUAACCCUCUUGAAAGGGGACAUCGGUAGGACCGUAUACAUUAUUUGGCCAGCCGCCCUCCGACUCGUCAACAAGAUGGUUACAAACACCACGUGUACAGCUAGCCUUCCGGCCAGCAUGAGCCAAUUGGAUACCAAUUUUUUGGCCGUAUGAAUGAGCAAAGUCGACAAUCCGUUUCAUCGGGCUGAUCUGUUCGUCCUUCCACAAUCCUAGACAACCAGGGGAAAUACGACCCUCCGGAGACACAGCAGUAGCCUCCAUGACAAUGCAGCCGGGACCGCGAAUAGCCAGUGAUCCAUAAUGGACAAAGUGGAAGUCAUCGGCCAUGCCAUCAACAGCACAGAACAUACACAUGGGAGGUACCCAUAUACGGUUGUGAAAGGUCACACCUCUCAAAGUCAAAGGAGUGAAUGCAACGGUUUUAGGUGUGGAUUCGGCUGCACCUGCACUGAUAUUUUUGGUCAUGGUCGUAAAAAAAAAAAACAAAAGAAAUGAUAAAUAAAGGCUGAUUUAGAUAUUUAACGGCGGAAGAUGUACAAGAAGGAAAAUACCAAAACUCUCCAGAAACCGAAUUAAUUUGCAACCAAAUGUGGAAUCGUCCUUGUGUGCUAAGUUAGCAUUGGAUUUCGGGGCCCUUUAAAUCAAGGGGCUUCAGCCGCUGCUUACUUCAGCAUAGUCGCUAUGCUGACAAAUCCAGUUCUUUAGCGCAAACUCUGCGACGGAUGAACCAAUAAAUUGAUGAGCGCCACCGGAAAGCGAGUUUUAAAAAUGCGCCAUAUAAGCUAUAGGUCUGUCGAUUAAGGUAAUUGCCGAGACCCUCGCACUUGUUUCUUGUUGAGACUAUGGCAAACCGUAACAUGAAAUGGCUGGCCGGAUAAAAGCGAAUUAACCACAAGUGGGAUUUCCAGAAAAAUAAAAAGAAUAAAACUGAAAUAAAAUAUAAAUACAAACGAAUUACUGUCUUGGUUGAAAUAGUUUCAAUUACGACAGAAUCAGUUUGUCCGAUUUUAAAAAAUUGAUACAGAACUGCUCUGAUUUAUGAAUUAUUUAUGCUCCAAUAACAAUUGCUACCUUGUUUCAGCGUAGAAGAAUACCUUUACGAAAGUGGACGGUCGACAUAUGUAUUCGUAUUAACACUGGAGUAAACAUCUCUUAGUAAAUGCUUGGAUUAACGGGAGCAAAAACAAAUGUUUUUUUUUUUUUUAUAUUAUAUCAUACUAUUGUUAUAACGUAUACAGUUGUUAAAAACCGCAGUUAUAAUCUUACAACACUUAAUUUACCAUUGUCUGUGCAAUUAAUUUCCAGCGUAUACUGGUUACGACAUUUUUACAACGUUUCAUGAAAUUAAUAUGGGACUCAUUUCGUGCUGACCCCGUUUAACUAGUCUUUCUGUGGAGGUUAUCUAGUUUGUUUUGUUUUGUAAUGGAUUACUCAACCCGGCUAGCUUCAAUGAAACCAAAAACAACAAAACCAAGCUUUUCCAGAAUAUCAACGACAACUCUUCUUGGACAAAGUCUUAUUCCCUAAAACACAUCGUAAACGCUUCCGAGUCAAAACUCACAGGACGAGUUCUACCACAUCCCGGUGGAUUAUUCACCACAUAGGACACUUAAGGAAAAUAGACCUUUUUUUGAUAAUUUGUUCGCCAAAAACAUGUCUGAUGGGAGCUUAAAUGAAAAGUUAAAAGGUUAUCUGCAAGAUAGACGAAUUGACGAGCUCGUCCGAACGGGGAAAAAUGACACUUUGACGACAAAUGCAUUUCUUGACUCCAGCUUGAAAAAAAACACAGCUUUUAUGAAGCGUUGCAGAUCAUCGCUAAACAGCGAUAAUAUUGAUCUGUUUUUAAAAGACAUUAAGACUUUGUCUUUGGAAAAAUAUAUUCCUGAGAUAGCAACAGCAAUUGUCGAGGGAAUGUCCAAAUGUAAAACUUCUUCCGACAUUUCUGCAGCAGCAAAAAUAGCAUACUGCUUGCAUCAAAGAUUUUUUACAAAGUUUUCGACGCCAAUGUUGGCCCAGCUGUAUUUCAACAUAUUCUUUUUGGGUAAUUUUAACGCUGCGGCUCAAACAUGUACCUUCGUUGAACCAAAGGAAAAGGAGCGUCAGGCUUUCUAUACACGGCAACGGAACAUUGUGCGUGUGCUGAUUGAGUUGUGGCUUCGAGGUGUUGUUCAUACUGCAAAAGAUUUUGUCGACUUGUUACCGUCGUUAAGCGCUCUUUCAAGACGAUCCAGAAAGGUUUGGUUCCAAAGCUAUGACAUGGACAAACCUAUUGUUUUUGUUGCUUUCACUGAGAUAGUGCGUAAUGAUGCGAAAUUUGCUUCCUUGCCUGUUGUGCAUGGCAUCGUAAAACAUUAUUCCGAUAUUCUAUUCAGUGAUCCGUCCAGUAACAUUGAGACUGAUAACCGAGCCUUGUUGGAUGCGAUCUGUCCUCCAGAGUGGCGUUCAUCAUUCCGUUCUACUCUGCAGCAUUAUUAUGAAAAGUUACUGAACUACCUACAAACUUACCAUGCUGAAUAUAUGAAACGGAAGAAACAGACACAUGAUCUGGCUGUAAACAGAGGAGAAGUUAAUGAAGAGCGGAUGCACGAUCUUUCAGAAAUGCUAAAAGUACAAGAACGCAUUUAUUCAUCCUGUGAGCUUAUAGCCAAUGUUCUGCAAUUGGAGAAACCUGAUAUUCCCUCAGAAGAUAGUUCCGCUAACGCAAAUGCAUCUGUCGUUGCCGGGCUGAGUUCCUCAUAUUCCAAACUCACUCCUCUUGAACGGUCUGACAGUAUUUGGGAGCACGAUGAUGAACGCAAGUUUUACGAGGACCUUCUUAAUCUUUCUACAAUGGUCCCAGAAUCACUUCUGCCGAGCAUUCCUUCCAACAUUGACACGGGCUCCGUUGAACACAUGAGAGAUGCAUCUAUCGAAACGUUACCAAUAACUGCUUCGUCCGAAUUAAACUCGUUGUCCGACCUUUCUGAUUCCGAUGACAGUGAAGAUGGCAUACUAUCAAUCAAAACAAGUACGGAAGAUGUCAAAUCAACUACCUCGGUUGCAGCUCAGGUGAAUGCUUAUUUACUUAACUUGCCUACCCUAAAUAACCCGGAAGCAAUAGACAAAGCUGCAGUGGAAUUUUGUUUUAUAAAUUCAAAGGCUUCAAGGAACAGAUUAAUUAAGACGCUCACGAGCGUCAAUCGAACACGGUCUGAUCUCCUACCGUACUAUUGCCGGCUGGUUGCUAUUCUAAAACAGAUUUCACCAGACAUAGCUAAUGCACUGGUUGAUUACGCCCGUCGUUCUUUUAAACGUAUGUUGAAGAAAAAGGCUAAACACGAGUAUCACUCACGGGUAUUGACUAUUCGUUACAUUUCGGAGCUUACAAAGUUUCGUGUAAUGCCUCUACAUAUCACCUUCCAUUGUUUUCGACUUGCAUUAACCGAAUUUACCUCGUUUAAUAUUGAAGUAUUGUCAUUAAUGCUUGAAAAUUGUGGCCGAUUUCUAUUUCGUUUACCCGAAUCCUCGGCACAAAUGCUGACGCUGUUGGAAACGAUUCAGCGCAAAAAAGAUGCCUCUGUUUUGGCUCCUCAAGACCAAUUACUUCUUGACAACGCAUUGUACCAUGUAAAUCCGCCUAAACGUGCUUUAAUCGAGGUUCGUACACGGCCAAUACUGGAACAGUAUCUUUGUAACGUUAUUUACAAGCAAUUAAAUACGAAAACCUAUCGGGCAGUUGCUGAAAGAAUUCGGAAGAUAAAAUGGGGGGAACAAGAAAACACUCUUUUUAGAGUGCUUGCUGAAGUAUGGCACAUCCAAUUUGACAAUUUAAAGGCUCUGGCUCUUUUGAUACAGGAGCUCAUUCGGUAUCAUCCCGAAGACUGUUAUGAGUACAUUGAUGAUUUAUUUGAAGAUAUACUUUUGGGAGUGGAAACCCGACAGGCAUCUGAAAGCCAAAAAAUCAUGUCACGCGCUCGGUUGCUUGGUGAAUUAUACGCUUCCAAGGUUCUUGAUGCUACUGCCAUAUUUAAUCUUUUAUUCUCUCUACUUCAAUUGGUUAAUACUUCAUCCAAUAAUUCUAAUACAGGGAGUCAGAAUGCCACUUUAAUGGAAAUUGAAAAUCACUUUGUGUGCCGUGUAAUUUGCACCAUUCUCAAUGCUUGUGGACCCAGUAUUGGAAAAGGAAAAAAGAAAAAACCGAUGAACACUCUGUUACUACUACUUCAAUGUCAAUGUCUGAAAGAAGUUAAUGUUCCGCUGGAUGUUGUAUUCGAUAUUCGCGAUACUAUUAAGGUUAUACGUCCUAAACUGCCGUUAUACAAAACCUUAGCCGAAGUACAAUCGGCUUUAGAGAAUGACAAGCUAAAGGCCCAGACUGAUCAUAGUUCAGUUGGCGAAACAACGUCGGUUGGAGGGGACGCUGAUCACGCAAAGCUUUCUGAUUUAGAAGACGCGUUUGACAGUGACAGUAUGACGAGUGAAGUAUCUUUGCUUUCCGGUGACAUGGAAACUAUGGAAGAAGAGCCUUCAAAGUUAGGCUCCAUACAUACACAGAGUGACAUAUCUGUGGAUGAAGAGUUUGAAACAGCCUUUGCGAAAAUGAUGAACGAAAGCAUGACACCACGUCAAUAUGAACGAAAACCCAUGUUUGAGGUUCCGCUUCCUUUACUACGCUAUUCCAAGAAGGAUGAUGGCUCCUCUUCACCUGGGGAUGACAAAGGGGAAAGUGUUAAAUUCACCAUGAUAACUCGCCGUGGUAACCGUCAGCAAACACGCUCGUUAAACGUGCCUUCUUCUUCUGCGUUUGCCAUGUCAACAAAGAGUAGGCAAGAUGAAGAAAGAAUGGAAAGGAAACGAAUGAAAGACCUUGUGUUGAGUUAUGAAUUGAUGGAUUCUUAAUAAUGGGCCCUAAUCUUAAAAUUUGCUGAACUGCAAUAAUACCAGUCUUACGUAGAUUAGCAGCAGUUUUAUCUAACAGCAGGGCUAUGCUACUAUGUCUACUUAAUUAUACAAGUCGUGCACAUUGACCAGGUUUCUUUAUUCUUAUGGUGUAAUUGAACCCUGGUUCGAAUCUCAGCGACAACACAUUUCUUACCUACUUCGAUCCACAGUUUAAGAACGGUACAGACGUUAAUUAGGCA